AUGAUACUGUGCACUUCCUACCAUGGUGGCUUCGCAGUUACUCAUGUGAGCCCGGAAGUUUUGGUUCACAGCGAACAAUCAUUCUGCAGUUACGAAACUCAACUGGCUGUAAAAAUAGAGAAAAGUAAAAAAUUGCUGCUAGGAUGUGUGGUGGCGUUGUCAUCACUAGUCACCGCGGGUGGCCACGGCGGAGGUCACAAGAAGGUCAUCAUCCACGUCCCCCUUUUCGUUAAGCAUCAUCAUCAUAAACAUACAAUAGUCAAGCAUAUUCAUCACAAGAGCGGUGGAGGAGGCGGUGAUGAUCACUACAAAGUCCUGGGUUAUACGUAUGGCGAGCCAAAACCUGCGCCUCAUUUUGGAGGAGGUCACGGUUGGCACGCCGCUGAAGAGAGCCAACACCUAGACAGUCCAGUCAGCUUCGAUGGCGGAGAUCACGGUAUCUACUCACUAUCAGACGAAUACAGCCAACAUGGGUACUGA